UAGUGUGACCGACAUCCACAGAGAAACUGUGGACAGGACGUGUGUUACCAGCCCACGACCUUGCCAGCGGUACGCAGGAUGCCAAAUCCACCGAACAUUGCCCGUUAAAGUAGUACCCGUAAAAGAGAGAGUGAAGCAACAUUGCGGGGAAGAGAAAGGGAAGUAAGACUCUACUAAUUGAGGAGAAUUAAUAAGACGAAAUGCCUUUGAUGGAGUUAUCUCGAAAAGGAACUCUACUUCAAAUUUUAUUUCGUUAGGAUUUGGUAGAGGUCAUGACAUGAUAAUCCUGGAGCAGAUGGCUAGCACCAGAACACAUUCGAUUUCGUUCAUUUUUCCACAAAUGUUCUUUGGAUGAUAAAAUAACUGAAAUAUGCUUCAAGUUUGGAAUCUUUGCUUACUGGGGCUGCUGACACAAGUGAGGACAUCAAAGGCCCUACGGGAUGUUAGUGGCUUUGAUACAGCCCCUCCAAAAAUAGCAAUUAUUGGAGGUGGUAUAGGAGGUACAUCAACAGCUUACUUUCUUAAGGAGCUGUUUGAAGACAAUGCCAUCAUUGACCUCUAUGAGUCAGGGGCAAUUGGGGGACGUUUGGCCACACUUCCAAUAGCUGGAUACAACUAUGAGGUUGGUGGCAGUAUCAUACACCCCAAGAAUCAGUACAUGGUGGAUUUUACAUCAAAAUUUGGCUUGCAAAAAAGCCGUGCCUGCUCUGGAAAUGUGGGGUUGUUUAACGGUGAAGAGUAUGUGUACCGAGAUGACUCUUACAAGUUUGUCAACUUUGUCAAACUCCUCUGGAGGUAUGGGUGGGAUGUGUAUCGUCUUAAACAGUUGACAGACGAAAUGCUGACAAACUUUGCCAGGAUUUACACUCUCCAGACAGAAGGACACGCUUACCAGAAUGUGACCUCCUUGCUGUAUGAUAUGGAUCCCAUGUUCUCCAAGAUGACACAUAAUUCCUCAGCUGCAUGGCUAAAGGGUUUUGGUUUCCACGACCUUAUGAUCAGUGAACUAAUUACAGCAGUUACUCUGUGCAAUUAUGGACAGACUCCCGACGUGCAUGCUUUUGUUGGAUCUGUGGCUGUGGCUGCUGCUGACCCACAACUAUGGUCAGUUCGUGGGGGUAAUAAGCGUGUGGCCGAGGAACUGCUCAAACACUCACGUGCUGCAUAUCUCAGACGUCUUGUGGCUGAGAUUACUCCUAAUGGCCAGGGACAUUUUAAGGUUACUUCCAGUGAAACAGAAACCCCAGAUUCAAGAGUUUUUUCCGAGGAAAAUCCAUCAAAUAUUGCCGAUUCGGAUUUACGGAGUCAAGACUAUGACAUUGUUGUAAUUGCAGCCCCUCUCACCAAGGAUAAUAACAAUAUCAAGUUUGUCAAUUUUACGAAGGAAUUUGAUUUUCCAGGUCAUUAUGAAAGAAUUAUAUGCACAAUGGUACAGGGAAAAGUCACGCCUGAAAGUCUUCUAUUAACACCAGAUGACGCAAUUGAUGAAAUUUUAGUGACAAAUCCAAAGCUCAUGUUUAAUUCUUUUGGAAAGCAAUGUCCUGUAGAUGCUCAUGACUACUCUUAUGAUAAUCCAGAUGUGUGGAAAAUAUUUUCAUCAGCACCUUUAGAAGAAGAUCAGUUAAAUAUAUUUUUUAGUAAGCGUAACUCAACAAAUGUUAUAGAUUGGUUAGCAUACCCACACUAUGAUUCAGACCAAAAGUUGGGAGACUUUGAGUUACUACCAGGUAUGUAUCAUGUGAAUGCCAUUGAAUGGGCAGGAAGUGCCAUGGAGAUGAGCAUAAUUGGAGCAAAGAAUGUAGCACUGUUAGCAUACAAGUAUUGGCUGCAAAAUCCAAAUGCUGGUAUGAAGAUGCCUUUAAAAGAUGAGCUGUAAUAUACAUUUACUAAUAACCUGUAGUCAUGUUCAAUCUAAUGUACGUGAAGAAAUUUUUUUUUUCACUCCUGGUAAUCUUUAAACUUGGUUACAAAGAUUUUCUUGAAAGCUGGUGCAAAUGAAGUCUGACUGAAAUUAUUAUCUUUGUGGAAUUUUUGAUUUACUGUAUAUCUUUACUGACACUUUAAUUAUAAAGUGAGAAGUUAUUUAUUGUCAUUUGAAUAUAAUUUGUGAGGUACCCUUUAUAUAUAUGCUGUAGUACAGUUGGCCCUCAAUAUUUGUGAUGGUUACAUUCUUAAAAAGCUUGUGAAUGCUGAAUUUGCAAAUGUAGACAACUUGGUUCAAAGGGAAAAAGGGGGGUUGUGUCCUUACACUACUUAACAUAGAAAGGGAAAAUGGUAAACAUUUGAGAUCAAUGACUACAAUAAACAUUGUACCUGUAAAUAAUAACAACUAUCAAAAUUAA